AUGUCAUCGAGUGGCAAUAAUGCCUCUGUAUACGGAGGAGAUGAGAUUAAUGCUAUCGUAUUGGAUUCAAGCUCUUUUCAUACAAGAAUCGGAUACGCGGGAGAUGACUUUCCAAAGAUUAUAACACCAUCAUCGUACGCUUCACCUAACGAGGACGCUAUGGAAUUAGACAACAAGAAAAAGAAUGGAAAAUCAAAGAGCUCAAAGAUAUUCGGCGAGUCAAUUAAUAUUCCUAGGUCCAAUCACAACGUCAGCCCGAUAUUGAAGGAUUCGGUGAUUAUUGACUGGGAAGCUGCAAUUGAACAAUACCACUAUUAUUUUGAUGAUGUUUUGACAUUGAAUUAUAAAGAGCAGCCUAUUUUGAUUACUGAACCGGUGUGGUGUACUCCUCAAUAUCGCCAAACGUUACUUGAAACAUUCUACGAGAAUUUCGACUUCCCAGCCUUGUUUUUGGCCAAAUCACCAACGUGUAUAUCGUUCCAGCAAGGAAGACCGAAUUGUCUUGUUGUGGAUAUUGGCCAUGAUUCUGUGAGUGUGACGCCAGUGAUUGAUGGUAUUUCGUUGUUGAAAAAUUCUAUGAAAACAAAUUAUGGAGGUCAAUACUUGAAUGACCAGAUAGAAGACAUGUUAACCCACAAAUUUUCAGGAGUCAACUUUGAGAAUAGAUACAGAAUCAAGAGCAAAACACCAACUGUGUAUCCAGAAGAAAGCAAGUAUACUGUUCGAGAUUUAUCCGAGAACAUAACCCAAUCGUUUGAUGAUUAUCAGAGACAAAAUAUCUGGCAUGAAUUUAAGGAAACCAUGUUGGAAGUACCAGAAAAAAAGUUCAACACCUCAAAUACGAGUCAAGCCAACAGCUUAAAGGAAAUAUAUUCUCAAGAUUCUAAUAAGAGGCUAUUUGAAUUACCGACCGGACAAUCAUUAGAAUUAUGCCUUGAAAGAUUCCAGUUGGCCGACUCGUUAUUUGACCCACAAAGCUACAAGUUUAACAACCCAGAUCUCGCAACUAAGUAUCCACCAAGCAAUGGUGAGUUAUCAUUAACGAAUUCGUACGACGAUUACAAGCCUUUGAAGAGAGCCCGUAAAGCCGAAUCAAACCAAUCAACACCACCUCCUUCAGAUGCAAAGAAACCCUCGAGUAAGACAUCCCAGAUUAGAGGUUUAACUCAUUUGAUAACCCACACAUUAUCAACUAUCGAUAUUGACUUAAGAUCGUCUGUUGCGCACAAUAUUAUCGUCACCGGUGGUGUUUCGUUGAUUCCACAAUUGACAGAGAGACUAUACUCCGAGUUAUCUAAUUCGAAUCCGGGUUUGAAGAUAAGACUACACGCAGUGGGUAACUCUUCUGAAAGGUUCAACCAAGCCUGGAUCGGUGGUAGUGUUCUUGCAUCGUUAGGUACCUUCCACCAAAUGUGGGUCAGCAAGCAAGAAUACGAAGAAGCCGGGGCAGAAAGGAUUUUAAACCAGAGAUUCAGAUAG